CCUUUUAGCGUCAAUCGGUCUCAGCGUGGAAGCAGAGACGAAGCGGAGUGAGAGAGAGAUAGAGAGAGAAAGCAAGUCUGCUACGGUCACCGAAGACGAAAGCUUUGCCUCUGGGUUGGGCUUCUUUAUCGUCGCCGCUCAUCCAUGGCUGGCGUCAAUCGGUCUCAGCGUGGAAGCAGAGACGAAGCGGAGUGAGAGAGAGAUAGAGAGAGAAAGCAAGUCUGCUACGGUCACCGAAGACGGAAGCUUUCCCUCUGAGUUGGGCUUCUUUAUCGUCGCCGCUCAUCCAUGGCUGGGCCAUCAUGGUUGUUUGACAAAAAUAGAAUCGCAACAAAAAUCAGGAGUGCAUCUGGAAGCUAUGAUUCUGUUGGAAUUAAAUGGCAAAGCAACCCAACUAAAUCUUGUCCAAAAUGCCAUUAUACGAUUGACAAUAGUGAUGUUGCUCAAGAGUGGCCGGGUUUACCCAAGGGUGUAAAAUUUGAUCCAACUGAUCAAGAGAUUAUAUGGCACUUACUUGCAAAAUCUGGUGUAGGUGAUCAAAAACCCCAUCCUUUUAUUGAUGAGUUUAUUCUAACUGUUGACGACGACGAAGGAAUCUGUUGUUCCCAUCCUAGGAAACUACCUAAUGUUAAGCUAGAUGGAAGUCCCUCCCACUUCUUUCAUAGAGCAAUUAAGGCUUACAAUACUGGAACACGAAAGCGGCGAAAGAUACAUGAUGGUGAUGGUGAUGUCCGCUGGCACAAGACUGGAAGGACUAAGCCAGUGAUAUUGGAUGGAGUACAAAAAGGGUGCAAGAAGAUUAUGGUUCUUUACAUGAGCACGGUCGGAGGAGGAAAACCUGUGAAAACCAAUUGGGUUAUGCAUCAAUAUCACCUAGGCAUUGAGGAGGAUGAGAAGGAUGGAGAGUAUGUUAUAUCAAAAAUAUAUUACCAGCAGCAGGAAGCCAAGCAAGCUGAUAAAACUGAUCAAGAUGUUCCUGAAAGUAUUGAUGCGGUGAUCACAAAGGUAGAUCCAGUCACUCCCAAGUUGGUUACUCCUGAACCUCCACGCGCCGAACAAAAGCUUGGUGAUUUUGAUUUGGGACUGGAUACUCCUGCUCCUGCCAGGGAUCCCUUUCUUCAGUAUCGUGUGGAAGACGGUGCUGAAGAUGAAGUGCAUCCUGAUGUUGACUCUGCUUUGGAUGAAGCUUAUACCGAGGUGAACCAUGCUGAAGAUGUUCGCCCUGAAUCUGAAAUUCCUGACGAUUAUGAUCAACACAAGGUAGAAAACCAAGCCGAUGAAGUAAUUAAUAACACUGAAAACAUUGAUCAUGCUCAGGAAGAUCCAAAAUGGUGGGACAAUGAGUCACAGAACCUUUUGGAUUCGCAACAACUUGUGGAAGGGUUGUCUCUGUGUGAUGAGCUCCUUCAGAGCCAAUCUCCAAAUAGGGGUGGGCAUGAAAAUGGUGAACAAGCACAUGUCAAACCCCGUCUUGCUGAUUACGCUAAACUAGGACCUGAGGAUUUAAAGAAGGAUCUAGAGGCGUGCCAAAAUAUUGUCCUUGAUCCUGCUAAUAUUAUGGACCUUGAUACACCUCCGGAUUUCCGGCUCAGCCAGCUGGAAUUUGGGUCACAGGAGAGUUUCCUUUCUUGGGGUGGCAAGGUGGCUGACUGAACAUGGUUCGGGAUUUUUGUGUUGGUUAUGGUCAAAUGGUGCUUGGCAUUCGAAUUAUAACGGAUUCAACUGCAUAAAACAAGCGAAAACGGAAAGGCGAGAGACGUGUGGACCAUCAAAUGAUUGAAAACUCGAUGCUUUAUCAACGCCAAGGAAAACACUGAUGAGUUUCACCUCUGUCGUCGAAUGAGAACAGGUUGGACAAUGAAAACAUUCAUGAACUCUCAGGGCUGCGCAGGUCAUGCAAGUUGGCUUUGAAAAUAGCUUGAGAGACCACUGGGCCUAGCCCCGCUGUUGAAUUAAGCACUUGGAGGUAAAAGUGCUUGUUGAUGAGCAGCAUACUUGCUCGUGGGGAAUCCAGAUGGGACCUAACCUGGAAAAGCAGCUUCUACUGGUGCCCUUUUAGCAUGUUGUAGGGUAAGUGACCUAGUUGGAAUAGGGCACGGCACCCCUUUGUUGUAUUCGCAAGACCUUGCCUAAUGCUUCCCUCCCUUGGCAAAUACAAUUGGUCAUCUUUUUCUCUUUGAUGCCUUGAUGGGGCUAAAAAGCAGACAAAGAGGGCCACAGCACCCUGGCUUUUUUGGGCUCCAAUGAAAGAAAAGAACUGGACAAGGAGCCCCUGAAUUUUAUAUAUCUGUCUACAUGCUGUGCAUGACGUUUUGUCUUUGUAACAUUAUUAAAACAUGAUUUUCUUUAACGUUAACCCUAUUUGUGUAGGGUUUUUAGAUGCAAGA